CGGUCUCGAGCUCGAGUCAGCCAAUCACAAGUGCUUACCGGAGCUCGAGGUUCCGCCGAAGUUCUGCCGGCUGCUUUCCCUCCCGACUUCUCGCCGAGGAGACGCUGAAACAAGAUGGGGAGACUGAACUUUUACGUGCUGUGGUCCCUGCGCGACGCUCCACGCCAGUUCAUCAGCAAAUCCAACCGAGCGUCCUUUCAAGUCCACAUCCCGCUUCCUCUUCCCAAACACCUGGUCAUCUUCGGUCUUGGAGAAUGGAAACGCAGUGAAAUGACAAUCUCAGUAGAUGUUCUGGUCAGUGCGGACGUACCGGCUCAGAAAAUUGGGACCCUAUCAGCUCAAACAAGGUGCCUGACCUGGGAGGGUGACUGGAGCACUGAGCUCCUGACAGAGGCAGCAGAGCGAGGCAGGAGAGGAGUUUAUGGCAAGAUUGUGCUCACAGUGUGUGGAGAGGAUAAAGCCAGCAUCUUCAGCAGUACUCCUCUGGUUCAGAGGAAGUUUCUGUUCCCAGAACCAGAACCGGACAACGUUACUGAUCUGUGUUGCACAUCAAACCAAAGCCUUGCAACUGAAACGAUAACUCCCAACUCCUCACACUUGGGCGAUAGUGUGUGCUACGCUGAGGUCCAAGUGAAUAAAAUUGACACCAGUGAGUCCAGUAUGAGAAAUAAGGUCGCAGUCUGGCCUACGGAUAAGACACCGAGACGGACGGUUAUUAGCAAGAGAGGCCACCUGACAUGGAGCUCUGAGGACAUGGACAGUCUCACCGAGGACAUAGACCAGGCUUCAACCCCCAAGAAAAUGAGGCUGUCCAGGAUGAACAGCCGAGAAGAAAUGACCGUGCAAAUAAAGAAUGAGAACAGAGAAGUUUCAGUGUGUCCGUCAAAGCGCUGGAGCCACACGAUGUGUCUGAGUGACCCUGUCACAGCCAUCCUCAUCGGAGGGGAGACGGCAGAUCAGAACUACUGCAAGGACUCCCUGUGGAAGCUCGAGUUAGACAAUGACUUCUGGUUUCCCAUGAACUCCUCUGCUUCUGGACCCAUACCACCAUGUGCCCGAGGACACUCCGCGACCUAUGACCCAGACUCGAAGUCCGUCUUCGUUUACGGUGGCCUGAGGGAGGGUCAGUGCUACAGCGAGCUGUACAUCCUCAACACUCUGACCUGGAAGUGGAAGCUUGUCACUGCGAGAGGAAAUGUUCCAAAUUUGGCAUAUCAUUCUGCAGCCUUUUAUAAGAAAGAGCUUUUUGUCUUUGGAGGAGUUCAGCCGAGCCAUUUUUCUGGGGAUAAAUCCUGCAGUAAUGCUUUGUACAUCUUUAACCCAGAGUUUGAACUCUGGUACCAGCCCAUAGUGGAAGGGGACAGACCUCUGCCUCGGUUUGGACACUCUGCAACACUGAUGUCGCAGAAGUUGAUCAUAUUUGGUGGACGUAAGACUGCUACCUACCUAAAUGAUCUCCACAUUCUGGAUCUGGGAUUCAUGGAGUACACAGCUGUGAAGUGUGGGAACAUGCCACCGCUGCCUCGAGGGUUCCAUGCAGCUCUACCAGUUUCACACAACAAGAUUUUAGUCUGUGGAGGUUGCAGCGCAAUUGGAGCCCUGCAGGACGUACAUAUUUUCAACACUGACACCAACAUGUGGAGCUCGGUGGCGUCUCCUCUGCUUUGCUCCAGGCCUCGUGCAGGACACAGUAUGAUAAACCUGGGCUGCUCCAUCCAAACAGAUGGCGAGAGGCGCGAACAGGGAGAAAAUGUCCAGGUCCACUGCACAUUGCUGGUGUUCGGUGGGUCAGACUGCUCCGGCACCUUCUACAACGACACAGUCAAGUGCACAGUGGAGAUUCCUGGUGAUAAGUGAUGGAUCCAUUAGGGAAGAUCCCAAACAGGACAAUAGUUUUUUUUUAUUUUUUUAAACAGUGGAGGUGGAGAUGCUGUGAUCUGCCUUGAUAAUGUGACAGAAAAGUGAUGGUAUCUCCAAGUAUAUGUGUCUGUAACAGUUGUAUUUGUACUCUGUUGUUUUGUCUUCACAUGUUUUAUCAUUUUUGCAUGAUGUAUUCUGCAGCUUAGACUUUAUUUUAGCUUUCUUUGAGUCUCUUUAAUAACUAACCAUAUUUCCUCCACACAUGCAAAAUGCUGCAAGCAGUGAGCUGAGGGGUUUUGCACUUUGCAUAGCAAAUCUCUGAUCUGCAUGUUUUACACAUGUCCCCACAUAUCAGUAUGUAUUUAUGCACUAGACUGGAUAAAUCGAUUAAGUCAAAAUGCUAAUAAAUAUUUUUAACUCAGUUUCCUUAUUUGAAGUAACGGCACUGAAAUGAGAUUCAUUUUUACAGCACUUUAUUUAACAAUGUACCAA